GUAGUUGGAUGACACGAAUGGAACAACCAACAAGCAGUCAAGUAUAAGAAGCACAUGCUAAUGGCCUAGCCAUAGUCCAUUAACAGCCUCAGUCCUCCACCAACUAACAAAUCUAAUCCUAUGCCAAAUGGCCUCUUUCAUGACCUGCAGUACUCUCUUCACUCUCAUCUUCAUCUUCUUGAUCACACCCUCCCUUAUAGUCACCGAUGCAAAGUUCUCCGAACAGUUCCCCGGACCGAAGGCUAAUCACGAUGUCGAGAAGAUGAGCCAUCUGCACUUCUACUUCCAUGAUAUAGUCAGCGGAAAACACCCGACCGCCAUCUCGGUUGCUGGUAGGAAAAACGAGUUUGGGGGUACUGCGAUAAUAGAUGACCCUUUGACAGAAGGGGUCAAGCACGGAUCCAAAGUGGUGGGACGAGCUCAAGGCAUGUAUUCCAUGUCGUCUCUAGAUGCUUCAAGUUUGCUUAUGGUGAUGAACUUUGAAUUCACAGAAGGGAAGUACAACGGCAGCUCACUCAGCGUGCUUGGGAGGAAUCCGUUCCUGGAAACGGUGAGGGAAAUGCCGGUAGUUGGAGGGAGUGGCCUAUUCCGGUUCGCUCGAGGCUAUGCCUUGGCGAAAACGGUGCACUACAAUGUCGGAACGGGUGAUGCUGUAGUUGAAUACAAUGUCUUUGUGAUGCAUCAUUGAAACUGUAUUGUUUCAUAUAUCUGAAUCAGAUUUUUCUUUCCUCUGGAGAUGAAGAGUGACUCUCUGAACCACCACAUACCUCUGUUGGAUCUUCAUUUUCUUGAUUUGGAAAGCCUGUAAGAGAAACAAUGUAUACGAAUAUUAAGCUUAUUUAACCAGCUUAUAUUCUGUU